AUGUCUUUGCUAAGGGCUGCUGCGGGGUGGAAGGCUGCAGCAGCAGCUGCUGCUCCUGCUGCUGCAGUAACAGCAGCAACGGCGGCAGCAGCAGCUGCUGCUGCAGCAUCUGCAGCAGCAGCAGCAGCAGAUGGGCUUAGUUAUACAUCACCUGUAUCCGCAGGUGUGCCCGUAAGCCUCGCGCACAUUGCAGUGAGCAGCAGCAGCAGCAGGACAUCUGUUGCUGCUGCUGCAUGCGCUGCUGCUCUCAAAGGACGCAGCAGCAGUCUAAGGUUCGAGCGGCUUCUGCUGCAGCACAGCAGCGCCUGCAGCAGCAGCAGCAGCUACUCGGGUGUAUAUAGACGUCACUUUGCUGCUGGUGUUGGACGACCUCGACCUAUUGAGGUUUCUUUUGGUGACGACCAGGCAGCAGCAGCAGCAGCAGCAGCGGCAACAACAGCAGCAGCAGCAGCAGCAGGAGUUGGAGAAGCAGCAGCAGCAGGAGACACGGAGUUGCUGCCGCUGCGCUGCAGCGAGCAGCCAAAUCGUCAUCUAUUUGCUGCUCCCUCUGUUAUAGCGCGACUGCAGCACGUAGCGCAGCGGCGUAAAGCUGCUGCUGCUGCUGCUGCUGCUGCUGCUGGUAAUGAUGAAGCAGCAGCAGCAGCAGCAGCAGCAGCAGCAGCAGCAGCAGAUAGUCUAGGGUUAAGGAUAGAAGUAUCAGGAGGAGGAUGCAGCGGAUAUAAAUAUUCUUUUGCUGUUGUUACCUUAGAGGAAGCAAAACGUGACGGAGACCUGAUUUUCCGUUGGUACCCGGAUGGUGACGCCAAGGGCAACAGCAGCAGCAACAACAGCAACAGCAGCAGCAGCAGCAGCAGCAGUAACAGUAACAGCAGCAGCAGCAGCAAAAGCAGAAACCCCACCUCCCCCAGCAACAGCAGCACCACGAACUCCCCUACCGCUAGCGGCACCGCCAUGAACAGCAGCAGCAUCCCUUUCAGCAGCAGCAGCAGCAGCAGCAGCAGCAGCACACCUAUCAGCAGCAACAGCACAGCAGCAGCAGCAAAAGGAACAGAUGCGCCUUAUGUUCAUAAAUGA